AUGACAGAACUCACAGAGCUCAAUCGCAUCUCCAUUGUCGAAAUAGUCGUCUACACCCCCGCCUUAGCCAUAGGCAUUCUCCUUGCUAGCCGCCAUGGCUUCAAAAAGGCAUCAGGAUGGCUCUACUUGAUACUCUUCUCCCUCAUCCGCAUCAUCGGCGGAGCCCUCGAUCUAGCCUCGAUUCAGCAGCCCGGAAAUACCGGUCUCGUCUCUGCCACCAAUUCCCUGAGGAGUGCCGGCCUGUCGCCCCUGAUCCUCGUGAGCGUCGGCCUGCUGACGCGAGUGCUCCUGGGCCUGGAGAAGAAAACCAACACCAUACUGCAGCCGCGCAUGCUGCAACUGAUCCAGCUGGCCGUCAUGAUCGGGCUCAUCCUCUCCAUCGUCGGCGGCAUCAAGUUUGGCAACAAGUUGAGUGACGCCACGUCAAAGAAGCCCGUUGACGUCGACGCCCUCCGGUCGCUGAGCAACUCGACCGAGUCCCGCAUCGGCACCGCUCUCAUGAUCCUGGGCUACGUGGCGCUGGUUCUCGCCACCGGCAUGCUUUCCAUGCAGAUCAAGUCCGUCGAGCGUGGUGAGCGGCGCUUGAUCGGCGCCGUCGCUGCCACCUUGCCCUUUAUCCUCAUCCGCAUCAUAUAUGCAGCAGUAGCGACGUACAACACCUGGGAUCCCAACUUCCACUGGUAUGUGGCUGGUCCGCACUACUAUGACUACAUGAUUGGCAUGUGUGUCGUUAUGGAAAUGAUCACCGUUGCAAUACUCGAGGCCGUCGGCUUGACGCUGCAAAAACUUCCAGGCGAUGGAACAAAAUACGAAAGGGCCACCGGAUACCCGAUGACGGACUCUAAUGAUCAUCAACAGAAGCCGUCAACCACCCCGGAGUGGGUGAAUAAUGGCUUGAAUGCCUAG